AUGUUCUACGGGGCCAAGUCGUUCAAUGUGCCGAUUGGCUUUUGGAACGUUUCCGCUGUCAAAGAUAUGAACUCCAUGUUCAUGAUUACUGCGGCGUUCAAUCAAGACAUCGGAGCAUGGGAUACGUCGGCAGUACAGGACAUGAGUGCCAUGUUCUACGGGGCCAAGUCGUUCAAUGUGCCGAUUGGCUUUUGGAACGUUUCCGCUGUCAAAGAUAUGAACUCCAUGUUCUACAACGCUGCCGCGUUCAAUCAAGACAUUGGUUCAUGGGAUACACCGGCAGCACGGGACAUGAGUUUCAUGUUCUACGGGGCCAAGUCGUUCAAUGUGCCGAUUGGCUUUUGGAACGUUUCCGCUGUCAAAGAUAUGAAGGCUAUGUUCUACAAUGCUGCCGAGUUCAAUCAAGACAUCGGGUCAUGGGAUACAUCGGCAGUAGGGAACAUGAGUUUCAUGUUCUACGGGGCCAAGUCGUUCAAUGUGCCGAUUGGCUUUUGGAACGUUUCCGCUGUCAAAGAUAUGAACUCCAUGUUCUACAAUGCUGGGGAGUUCAAUCAAGACAUUGGGUCAUGGGAUACAUCGGCAGUACAGGACAUGAGUGCCAUGUUCUACGGGGCCAAGUCGUUCAAUGUGCCGAUUGGCUUUUGGAACGUUUCCGCUGUCAAAGAUAUGAACUCCAUGUUCAUGAACACUGCGGCGUUCAAUCAAGACAUCGGAGCAUGGGAUACGUCGGCAGUGCGGGACAUGCGAGGAAUGUUCACUGGAGCUGCGUUGUUCAACAUGCCCAUCGGCUCUUGGAACGUGUCCGGCGUCACCCUUAUGACCGCCAUGUUCCUGGGUGCGAGCUCUUUUGACCAGAGCCUCGGGAUGUGGGACACGUCUUCCGUGCAGGACAUGACCAGCAUGUUUGAUGCUGCCAGGGCAUUCAACCAGCCCUUGUCCAGCUGGAACUUUUCAGGAGUUCGGGUUAGCUCGAACCUGACAAAGCCGUGGGAUGGUUCUGGCAUGACGUACUGCGUGCGCCGUCGCACUUCACAGGCACUGGGGUGCCCAGAACACCUGGAUGUCCCCACUUGGUUUUCUUUUGCGGACUGUCCUGCCUGCCCUUGUCACGACCCAACUCUCGCCUGUGUGCAAGGGACAUGCUCUCCUCUGAACUCGGGUUACAUAGACCUGGGAAAGGACAGGUGGAUAGCGGAAGGAGCCUUUGGCACGGUUUCAGGGUUCCGAGAUUGUGCGUCGACGUGCAAGGAAUCUGAGAAUUGUUCGGCCUUCUUGCUGGAAGAUUCUGGGCGCUGCUUGCUGUCUAGUAAGAUGCCUGGAAGAUCCCAGACGAAUGACCCUUUUCGGAGCCAUGAUGCCGUUCGGAGCCUGGCAUAUCUGAAGCCGUCCUGCCAGACCUUCUCUUGCCGCGCUGGCACGACACCGCGGUUGCAAGGUGCUUCGCAAGCAUCGCCGGUGACUGAAGCAAGCUGCUGCAAGUGCUCAGAUCCCGCUAAGGUACCAGAGCCUGGCCACACUGGAGAUUUGAUUUGCGUCUCGUGCCCUGAUGGUACCGAACCUCGAGCUGAACUUUGUCAGACGUGUGAUGCAGGUCGCUAUGCCAAAGCUGGGGACGAGAAAUGCAAACCCUGUGCCCCAGGACAGGUGCCCAAUGCCAACCGCAGCAAAUGCGAAAGAUGCUCUCCCGGAGAAUAUUCAGAAUCGGGUGCCUGCAAGACGUGCAAUUUACCAUUCUUCUUGGAGGACAACACGUGCAAGUGGUUCCACUUGCCCUUGACGGCCGCGGCUUUGCUGGUGCUGUGGGCUUUGCUUUGGGUUCUACGUCGGAGACACAAGAAGCAGCAGCUCCUUGAGAACCAGAAGCGUGCGGAUCGGAUCUUGCAGCAGAUGGACGAAGCCCUCUGGGAUGAACAGGAGGACACGGUCCGUGAGUUUUGUGGGCAGCUCGUCAGUGUCGGAUGGACCCCAGAUGACGCUGAACAAGCGGCCAAGGAGGUACGCGCUCGCCACAGUCAGCACGCAGGCGUCAGCCUGGUCUACUUGCUUCAAGAUUUCGUGCAGCUGGCGCAGGAGAAGUCGCGAGAAGUGGAUCCAACCUUCCUGGAGUUGAAAGACGUUUUCUGGUGCAGGGACCACAAGCUCGGCCAAGACGUCCGCUGCCCAAGGGAUGGCAAGUUGGGCUGCGCCCUGGUGGACAUGCUUCCCCCGCAGCAUCGACAGAAGCAGAACCACUUCAUGUCCUGGAGUUGGCAGUACUCGCUGUGGCAGCUGCGAAGUGCCUUGCAGAUGUGGAAGGUCCAGGCUCCACCGGGCAAUAUCUUUUUCUAUAUGUGCUUCUUCGUGAACAAUCAGUUUCGCUUGAUAGUGGAUGGAAGUCCUGCGGGCAGCGACAACUUGGAGGAGGUCUUUGAGGAAAACCUGCGGCGCAGUGGCAAAGUGGUGGCCAUCCUGGACACGUGGCACCAGCCCACGUACUUACGAAGGGUUUGGACGAUCUACGAGCAGUAUGUCGCCUGCACCAUGCAGAUGGAGGUGACGUUUGUGAUGCCUUACGAGGCCACGAGGUCUCUGUCGCAGAAGCUGUCGCUUGGGGAUGCCGGCAUCGCCGAAGUGACCCAAUCCCUUUGCGAGGUUGACGUUGCCGAAGCCGAAGCCUACGACCCGCGAGAUGAGGUGAAGGUCAAGAAGACGAUCGAACGAAGCGUCGGCUACGAGCGUGUGAAUGAACACGUGAGAUGUGCCAUGGUGCAUUGGAUCAGCAGCGUGGUCCGAGACAAAUUUCAAGACUUGGUGAAUGAGUCGUCCAAAAGAGACGCUUUAUGUGUAGAAGAAAGGGUUUAG